GUCUUUUUAGUACGUUUAGAACAUGUUGCUUUACGAAAUUAUUGCACACACCAAAAAGAAAGUAAGUGUUCAUUGUCGCACGUUCGCAUACAGUCACUCAUUUGCUGGUGAAAAUGCCUGCCUCUUUAAGAAUUGGGUUGUACAAUUCUAUCCCUGACAUUGGCGAUGAUCAUUUGAAAUCGUACGUGGAUUACGUUCAACAGAAGUGGAAUGCUCUCAACACUGGUAUUACCCUUCAAAUUGUUGCUGGGAAAAAAUACGAUCCGUACGGCGAUCUCAACAAAUUCCUUGGAACAGGCGCGGAGAGUUUUGACUUAAUCGAAACAGAUAUGGCACGGGCAAAAGAACUGGUUGGGAAAGUGUUGGAAAUAAAGAAAGGGACAGCUGAUAAUGAGAUCAAUGCCCAACGGUAUAUUCCGGCUACCGUUGAUGCAGUUAAGCGAGGUAAUACCUACCUUGGGUUUCCUACAUUAGCGUGUGGUAAUUUCAUUAUUGAGAUUCAACAGAAAAAUGAGCACGUGGUAGCUUUGGACGGAACUGAAUACAAGGAUUUUAUAGACUCAGCUGAAAAGGCUGAGGAUCAAAUGGUUUACGAUGGACCUUGUGGAAAGAAGGUACCCAAACGUAAACAUGCGAGACUGCUUGGUGGCAAAAUAGAUGAUUCUGCUGGUUGGUACUUGCCUUUUAUUUACUUGGAUGGUGUUGUGGAUAUACUUGGACCAAAGUGCAUUGACUCUCAAAUCAAGGAUGUCUUAGCAGGAAACCCUCAUAGCGAAACAGUCCAAAGGCUUCGCCAGUUUUUUGGAUACUUCAAAAAUAACUGCGGUGAUCUUGAUCAAGAAAACAUUGAAGAGGAUGUUGUUGACGGAGAGGACGCGUAUUAUUUUGGCUUUUCUGAAAAAUUAAGUGUUAUUUUUAAAAAGGGGAAUUAUCACAACAUUAAAGCAACUGGUGUUCUCUCGCCACCGUUUGGGGAAACAAACUACGUUUUGGUGUACACCGAUGCCUUGGUGUUAAACAAAGCAAAGUAUGAACAAGGGAACGAUGAAUAUAGAGAAGCAAUGUUUAAGUUUUCGAAGUUUUUCACAAGCGACCAAAUAAGGACAGAUUUUGUUAUGGGGAAAGACCUCGGAGAAGGUAAGAUACGGUAUUUGUUGCCUCCAAUUAAAGAAUUUUACGAAUCGACGGAAAACGACAUCUAUAAAGCGUAUUACAAGAUCUUAAAGAAUGGAAUAUCUGCUCCUGCCAUCAGCGAAACGGACAGACAAAUCAUGGAAAAUGUUUUAAAGCCAUUAGUUAAUAUUUAAAAUAUUCGCGUUUGUUUGUUUGUUUGUUAUGUAUUUUUUUAAAUUUAAACGAAAGUUUCUACUAACUGCUAA